UGUUGUUCAAAUACGUAAUUUUGAACUUGAAAUGUUUUUUUCCCGCGCGCCCUAAAAAUUCCAUUAUCGCGUUUCAGUGACGAUUCGGAUUAUCGAUUCAUUUUUGCGUGUCACGGACGUCACUAAUGACGUUAGCCGUAACAAAAUUAUCCCCUUUCACUUUGCUGUAUAAAAAAUACUGAAAGUAUGAAAAAACGUUCUAAGCACCUCGUUCAAAAGUACUAGGCGUCCAUAAAUGUGUAAGCGAUUCCGCGUUUUGCUUAGUACUAGAUUGCGUCCAAAUAUGUAAUUGACAAUAUAAGCAUCCAAAUCUGGACAUAAUGACGCGUAAAAUUUUCACGGACAUCUGUCCGUUUAUUUAUAGAUGUAGUGUUUGAUUUGUGUACCGCGCCGUAGCUCACCUACAUACCUACGGCCGUCGUAGCUCGGAAUGUACAUUAUAUACAUCUUGCACUAUGUCGGCUGUACGUUGAUAUAACAAUAUCAAUGUCGAUGUGUGCGUGCCGUAAUGAGCGUUCUAUGUGCUAAGAAACAGUAAAAAGUAUGGCGCGAGCGCACGGAGCGGCAACGUCGCGCGUUCGAGGCGGCAGCGGUGAAAACAAUGCCUUUUAUUACUAUAUAUAUAUUUUGAAUAAUUAGUUUUCUAUGAAUAUUUUUAGUUUUUCAUAAUUUAGACAAUAACAAUUUAUCGGAUCACUUUCUUGAUAUAGUUUAAAUAAAAAUAAAUUAAUAUUUUUACACGCAAAACAUACGGAUAUUAUUUUUAUAGUUUGUGAAAUAUAUGAACAAGUAACAAGGCGAUCGCAUACCGAUGCAAUACGGAAUAUAUCAAUUGAAUUUAAAACGAAAACAAACAAGCUACCACGAAAAUAGCCGGUGUAAUAAAAAAAAUAGUAACCGAUGUUGACCUUUCCGAACGCAGCUUACUAGCGCGGCCAGCUGACGCGGCGUUGCCGUUCCACGGGCAUAGACGUGUAUCUGCCUGCUUAUCGCCUCUAAUGCUUGGGAACAGAAGUCAAUUUCGCGUAGCAAUGCUAAGUAUAUAAAGGACAUACGACGUUUCAUCGGGCUAGAUGACACUUCCCGCGCGAAAAAUUCGAAAUGCUUUUUAUCAGUCGUGUUCGGUUUGUACAUUUAGUUGGUCCGUGUAAUGAUUCAUCGACGAAUUAUUUGUUUUAUUACCAUUUGAUAAGAAUUAACAAAAAAAAACUUUGUAAAUACGUAUUUAUGUUCGCAGUGUUUCCUAUUUAGAAGAGUGUUUUAGUGUAAUGUGUUCAAGUUUGAUAUAGUGCAAUAUAUAUGUGAUACCAAAGUGUCCAAAGUUAGAAAAGAGUAUUUAUUUAAAAUAAAAAGUAUAUAAAAAAUAUUUAUUAAUAAUUUACUUACUAAAUAGAUAUAAAAAAAAAAUUGUUAUAAAGAAUACAAAAAAAUUGUAACGAAAAGUACCAGGGUCGCAUAAAUCUCGCGGAGGUUAAAUUAGCGGUAACUAGUUCGCGCGUUGAAGGCUAGAUGGCGCGGUGACAAAGUGGCCUACAUGCCGGUGGCGCUGGGCUCGCUCGGCGGCGAGGGCGAGUACCGCGAGUACCACCACCUCUCGCCGCACCAUCCUCACCACCACCCGCACCCGCAUCCGCAGCACCAUCAGCUGCAGUAUGAGUACGCGCCGCCGCCGCCGCCGCCGCUCUACCACCCUAUACCGGACCCUUAUUAUAGGAGGCACGCACCCUACUUCGGGCAGCCGGACUACAGGGUAUACGAACUUAACAAACGGUUGCAACAAAGAACAGAGGACUCUGAUAAUCUAUGGUGGGACGCGUUCGCGACGGAGUUCUUCGAAGACGACGCGACGCUGACUCUCACAUUUUGUUUAGAAGAUGGACCCAAGAGAUACACAAUAGGAAGGACGCUGAUACCGCGGUACUUCCGUAGUAUAUACGAGGGCGGAGUCUCAGAGCUGUACUACACGAUGAGACAGCCCAAGGAAUCCUUCCACAAUACGAGUAUCACGCUCGAUUGCGACCACUGCACCAUGGUCACGCACCACGGGAAACCUAUGUUCACUAAAGUGUGCACCGAGGGGCGCCUGAUCCUGGAGUUCACGUUCGACGACCUGAUGCGCAUCAAGUCGUGGCACCUGGCCGUGCGCGCGCACCGCGAGCUCAUCCCGCGCCAGGCCGUGCACCCGCCCGACCACGCCGCGCUCGACCAGCUCGCCAAGAACAUCACGCGCCAGGGCAUCACCAACUCCACGCUCAACUACCUCAGGUUAUGUGUCAUUCUGGAACCGAUGCAGGAGUUAAUGUCCCGACACAAGGCGUACGCGCUCUCCCCCCGGGACUGCCUCAAGACCACGCUCUUCCAGAAGUGGCAGAGGAUGGUCGCGCCGCCGGAGUCUCAACGGCCGGCGAGCAAGCGGCGCAAGCGCAAGGGCAGCGCGGGUGCCAACGCCGCGCCCCCCGCGCCCGCCAAGAAGCGCUCCCCCGGACCCAACUUCAGCCUCGCCUCGCAGGACGUGAUGGUGGUCGGUGAGCCGUCGCUGAUGGGCGGCGAGUUCGGAGACGAGGACGAGCGACUCAUCACGAGGCUCGAGAACACUCAGUACGAGGGGGAAGGCGUCGAGUGGAGCAACCCCCCGCCCGCCUCGCCCGCCAAAACACCCCCCGGCAACCACUGACACACGGACAUGUCGUAUAAAUAAAUAAAUAUAGGCCUUUACGGAUAACAUUCACCAUUUCGUUUCAUUUUACCUCUGCGGGCUUAGACAGAUGUACAUACAUAAGCGGUUGUAGAUAAGUGAUCAACGGUUGAAGAAUUGAAGACGUAGGCCACUUUAUGUUUAAGCGAUCGAUCUGUUUGACAUUUGUACACAUUAAGCUAUUGCGAUGUGUAUAUAAUAUUCAUUUUAUAUAUUAUAUUCGGGUUUUAGCCGCUAUCGUACUUUUGAAACAAAUGUGAGCUUAACUUGUACAAUUGCAAACGGAUUGCGAUCGGAUUGUGUUUAAUAUUGUAACAAAAUUGUAUUUCCACAUGUUUUCUAUACAAAUAAUGAAAUUGACGAGAAAGUUUUAUAUAUAUAUAUAUAUAUUUUAUUGU